AUGGCUAUAAAUCAAAUACUAAUCGUACUCCACAUUCUCCUAUGGCGCACGCUAGCCCCCACCACCCACGCGAUGCCGCCCCCGGACCCGAUCCAGUGCGACCGAGCCGGCUGCACCCUCAACAACUCGUACGGCGCCUGGCCCGAUCGUGAGCCCUGCCGGGCCUCGGCCGCCGCCUACCCCGCCACUGAGGACGAGCUCCGGUCGGCCGUCGCCUACGCCGUCCGCAACGGGCUCCGGGCCAAGUCUGUCUCCGGGUUCUCCCACACCAUACCCAGAUUCGCGUGCCCAUCGAGCAUGAACGGGCCUGCAGGCUCCCUGUUGAUCAGCACGGCCCGGCUCGUCUCGGUGGAUGUAGACGCCGGGGGCCCGACGGCGACGGCGGGCGCCGGGGUCGGGCUACGGGCGCUGGUAGACCGGCUGGCGGAGGAGGGGCUGAGCCUGGCGGCGGGGCCGUACUGGGAGGGGGCGAGUGCCGGCGGGGCGGCGGCCACGGGGGCCCACGGGAGCUCGUGGUGGGGGAGGGGCGGCGCGUUGCACGACCACGUGGUCGGCGUGCGGCUGGUGGCUGCGGCCGGCGGGGAGGAGGGCUAUGCGAGGGUGCUCGACCUGAGGGCCGGCGACCCGCUCUUCGAGGCGGCGAGAUUGUCGCUCGGAACGCUUGGCGUGGUCUCUAAGGUGACAUUCGUGUUAGAACGCGGGUUUAAAAGAAGCAUCAUGUACAACUUCACGAACGAUGAUGGUAUUGAGAACGAGUUCAUGGAGCAUGCCAAGAAACACGAGUUUGGCGACAUCCAAUGGUACCCGUCAAGACGUAUUGCAGUUUACAGAUACGACAAUCGUCUUCCUUUGAACGAGUCCGGAGAUGGAGUCAAUGAUUUUAUAGGAUUUCAAUCAAAUCCCGCCAUUGCAACCCAAACGAUUCGAGCUUUGGAAAAAGCCGCCGAGAAAACUCGAGACGCAAAGGCCAAAUGCCUACUCGCGACCUCCUUCGUCGCAUAUAAGAAACUAACGGCCAACGGCCUCAAAAACAAUAAACUAAUCUUCACUGGCUACCCGGUCAUCGGUCACCAAGCCCAAAUGCAAACCUCGGGCUCGUGUCUAUAUUCUUCCGAGACUAUCAAGUCCGCCAUUUGCCCUUGGGACCCGAGAAUCAAUGGCCUAUUCUUCUUCGAGUCGACCGCCAUAUUCCAGCCCUCGAAAUUCGCCAACUUCAUACGCGAUGUGAGAAAGUUGCGUGACCUAAAUUCCGACGCAUUUUGCGGCCUCGACAUGUACAAUGGCAUAUUGAUACGCUUCGUGAAGAAAUCCACAGCCUACUUAGGACAAGACGAGGACUCGGUCGCGGUUGACUUCAACUACUUCCGGGCCGAUAGAAAGUCGACCCCGAGGUUGUAUCAAGACAUUUACGAAGAAAUCGAGCAAAUGGCGUUUUUCAAGUACGGAGCCAAGCCGCAUUGGGCCAAGAAUAGGAACGUCGCGUUUAUUGAUGUGAGGAGAAAGUACGCGGGCUUCGAAAAGUUUUUGAAGGCUAAGAAAAUACUCGACCCGAAAAAUGUGUUCUCGGGCGGGUGGUCGGACGAGAUAUUGUUCGGGGAAAACGGGUUUUUGGAGAGUGGUGAUGGGUGUGCUUUGGAAGGCGAGUUGGGAAGGGGGAAUCUCCACUGGGUGAAGCUCUGGGAGGUGUUGGAAGACGACGAGGAGGAUGACUCUGGAAGCUGCUGCGGCGGCCGGGGUGGUGGCGGCGGCGCGUGGGGGAGGGGCGGCUGGGUGGAGCUCGUCGGGCUGAGCACGGUCUGGGUGCACUGA